CCCCCCCCCUCCUUCCUCCCUUUUUUUCCUCUUCGACGGUGUCGAUCUCGCCGGUGCCGUUCCCCUAAGAAUGAUGAAGUCAUCCAAUUGUUCAUCACUCAAACGGGACGAGGCAGAUCAGUUCGUUCGGACGAUGGGACUUCCUGGUGCGCGUGGUCCUGGAUUGCCACCACCCCCCAAAGAGAUGAUGCUGUCAUGAUUUGCGGCGAGGGGCGGCUUGGCAGAUCGGCAAGGGGGAGGUCAACGAUGCGGCUCGGCCGGCUUGAUUUGACAUUUGGCGAUCGGGGUUGCGGAUCGGUGUAUUCGCCUCAAUGCUCGUCAUGGUUGAGCUCAUCCAUAUUCCGCGGUGUCCGUCCUUGUCGCAGUCGUUUGACCGUGCGGUUGGGAGCCGUGAGCGAUGCUCGCAUCGUUGGCUGUUGGGCGGCCGUUGUUGUUACCGGCCGGUCAUCGAUGCCGCCGGAAUCAGUGCGCAAUGGUUCUCUUGCCCCCACACACACAUCUCGUCGUCCGCCAUCGCCCGUUCAAUGUGAGCGCGGAAGCCCGGGGCCCCGGGUCCGGUCCGGCAUCAGCUUAUCGGACGAGUGGGGACACCGGUGCGUGCCGGGCCACGGCCACCAACGGCUUCCUGGGUUCCGUCGAAACAGUCAUAUUCGGGUUAUUUCUGAUGUACAUCGUUGUCUUCCUUGGCUCCCUAUGUAUUUCUGUGACCCCUUAUGGCCGUGGCCAUGAGUUGUACUGGAUGGGGCAUGGAUCCUCGAGGGCUAGAUGCCACGCAGGUUGACAGCGCCAGAUCAAUACACUGGGCCGAGUGCUUCCGAGCCCGAUAGUACUUACUGCGUUAACUGUGCCCGACUCAAGCUCAGAUGGCCCCGUG